ACCUGUCCACACCUGCAGAGAGUUGAGACGCUGAAGUCUGAAGGAAGAAAACAAACGUUCCUGACAAGGAACUGAAUUAAACUAAGACAAAGCCUGGAAUUUUUUUCUGGAUUGAGCUGGUCCAAGUUCAGUCUUUGUCUACCAGGGUCCACCUGGUCCACUUGGGUCCAUCUGGACCACUGGGGUCCAGAUUUCUCAACUCUGAUCUGAAGCAGGAAGUGAAGCAGCGGCAGCCAUGGGCAGCAAACAGCACUACCAUUGGCAGGCUCAGAACGUGAAGGUGAGCGGGGUGGACGACAUGGUCCUGCUGUCCAAGAUCAGCGAGGACGCCAUCACGGACAACCUGAAGAAGAGAUACAUGGACGACUACAUCUUCACUUACAUCGGACCGGUUCUGAUCUCGGUGAACCCAUUCAAACAGCUGCCGUAUUUCACUGACAGUGAGGUGGAGAUGUAUCAGGGAGCGGCUCAGUACGAGAACCCCCCACACAUCUAUGCGCUGGCUGACAACAUGUACAGAAACAUGAUGAUUGACAGUGAGAACCAGUGUGUCAUCAUCAGCGGUGAGAGCGGCGCCGGAAAAACCGUCGCUGCCAAAUACAUCAUGAGCUACGUGUCCAAGGUGUCUGGAGGCGGAGACAAGGUCCAGCACGUUAAAGACAUCAUCCUGCAGUCCAACCCACUGCUGGAAGCCUUCGGGAAUGCCAAGACGGUCCGGAACAACAACUCCAGCAGAUUUGGAAAAUACUUUGAGAUCCAGUUCAGCCGAGGAGGAGCGCCAGAUGGAGGGAAAAUCUCCAACUUCCUGCUGGAGAAAAGCCGAGUCGUGUCCCAGAAUCCAGGAGAGAGAAACUUCCACAUCUACUACCAGCUUCUGGAAGGAGCCAGUGGGGAACAGAGGGAGAACCUCGGCAUCACGACUCCUGACUAUUAUUAUUACCUCAACCAAUCAGGAACCUACACGGUGGAGGAUGUCAGCGACAAGAAGGAGUUCACUGAUACCACGGAGGCCAUGUCGGUCGUGGGUCUGUCUCUGGAUGAUCAGGAUUCAGUUAUUCAGCUGGUUGCAGGAAUCCUUCAUCUUGGAAACAUCAGCUUCAGGGAGGAGAACAACUACGCUGUGGUGGAGAGCCAGGACUUCUUGGCGUUCCCAUCUUUCCUGCUGGGCAUCUCUCAGGACGGCCUCUGCAGGAAACUGACCAGCAGGGUGAUGGACAGUAAGUGGGGCGGGAAGACCGAGUCCAUUUCUGUCACCCUGAACACCGAGCAGGCCUGUUUCUCCAGAGACGCCCUGUCCAAAGCGCUGUAUGCCCGGCUCUUUGACUUCCUUGUCAGCUGUAUUAAUAAAGCCAUGCAGAAGGACCAAGAAGAGCUAAAUGUUGGAGUCCUGGACAUCUAUGGCUUUGAGAUAUUCCAGCAAAAUGGUUUUGAGCAGUUUUGCAUCAACUUUGUCAACGAGAAGCUGCAGCAGAUUUUCAUUGAACUCACUCUGAAGGCCGAACAGGAGGAAUACGUUCAGGAGGGAAUCAAAUGGUCGCCCAUUGAAUAUUUUAACAACAAGGUCGUCUGUGACCUCAUUGAGUCCAAACUGAAUCCUCCUGGGAUUAUGAGCAUCCUGGACGAUGUGUGUGCUACGAUGCAUGCUAAAGGUGAGGGGGCAGACCAGACGCUGCUGCAGAAACUACAGGGACAGAUCGGAUCCCAUGAGCAUUUCAGCAGCUGGAACAAAGGCUUCGUUGUCCACCACUACGCUGGCAAGGUGUCCUAUGAUGUCAACGGAUUCUGUGAGAGGAACAGAGAUGUCCUGUUCAAUGACAUCAUCGAGCUGAUGCAGAGCAGCGAGUUUCCGUUUAUCAGAGCUCUGUUCCCGGAAAAUCUGGAGGCAGAGAAGAGGGGGCGACCGUCCACCGCCAGCAGCAAGAUCAAGAUACAAGCCAACAGUCUAGUCCAGACCCUGAUGAAGUGCACCCCCCACUACAUCCGCUGCAUCAAACCCAAUGAGACCAAACGCCCCCGGGACUGGGAGGAAAACCGGGUCAGACACCAGGUGGAGUACCUUGGCCUCCGAGAGAACAUCAGAGUCCGUCGGGCUGGAUAUGCAUACCGCAGAGUCUUCAAUAAGUUCCUGCACAGAUAUGCCAUCCUGACCAGGGAGACCUGGCCCCGCUGGAAGGGUGAGGAGCGCCAGGGAGUCCUGCACCUUCUUCACUCAGUCAACAUGGAUCAAGACCAGUUCCAGCUGGGAAAGACUAAAGUCUUCAUCAAAGCUCCAGAGUCGCUCUUCCUGCUGGAGGAGAUGAGGGAGAGGAAAUAUAACGGCUACGCUCGCAUCAUCCAGAAAGCGUGGCGUAAACACAUCGCUGUUCGCAAGUAUGUCCAGAUGAGGGAGGAAGCCUCCGAUGUCCUGCUGAACAAGAAGGAGCGCCGCAGAAACAGCAUCAACAGGAACUUUGUGGGCGACUAUAUCGGGACUGACAACCAUCCUGAGGUCCGGCAGUUUGUCGGCCGCAGGGAGCGGAUCGACUUCGCCGACGUCGUGCUGAAAUUUGACCGAAGGUUCAGGACCGUGAAGCAGGACCUGAUCCUCACCCCAAAGUUCCUGUACCUGAUUGGUCGAGAAAAGGUGAAGCAGGGUCCAGAUAAGGGUCAGAUCCGUGAGGUUCUGAAGAGGAAGAUUGAGCUCAACAAGGUCCAGUCUGUGUCUCUGAGCACUCUGCAGGACGACAUCUUCAUCGUCCACGAGGAAGAGUACGACAGCGUCCUGCAGAGCAUCUUUAAGACGGAGUUCCUCAGUCUGCUGGUGAAACGGUACCAAGAAAAGACGGAUCGGAAGCUGCCGCUAAAGUUCAACAACCUUCUGGAAUUUAAGGUGAAGAAGGGCAGCUGGGGUCCAUUCAGCUCCUCAGGGUCCAGACAGAUCCAGUUCCAGGUGGGCCAAGGGGAUACUGCGGUCUUUAAGCCCACUGGGAAGGUCCUGCAGGUCUCCAUUGGACCGGGCCUGCCUAAAAACUCCAGACCGACGAGGAAAGACAAACGUAAGAGCCGCUACAGGGGCAGCUCGGCUCCGCCUACUAACCAGCUCAACUCAGCAUCUCACUCCAGAGGAGGCGGGGGCCCCAGAGGACGUCCGGCAUCCUCCAGAGGAACCUUACUGAGGCAGCAGUCCAGCAUGGAACAGCCCACACUUCCCCGCCUCCAGAACCAGAACCAGAACCGACCCAGCAACCAGCUCCCACAGCACCAUGACAUGGGUUUCAUGAAGGUCCCUGAACAGGGAGCUGCAGGGCUGCAGCGACGUCGCUCCAAGGAGGUCAAACCAGUUCCUGGAGUGGGUCGACCCAAACCGAAGCCCCGGUCUCCUCAGUGCAGAGCUCUGUACGCUUACGACGCUCAGGACACUGACGAGCUCAGCUUCAAUGCAGACGACAUCGUUGAGAUCCUCUCUGAAGAUUCAUCGGGUUGGUGGUUCGGCCGGCUGCGGGGCAGAGAGGGGAUGUUUCCUGGAAACUAUGUGGAGAAGAUCUAGACCUCCUGUCAGGGGUCACCACAUGACAUCAUCACAUCCAAGGAGGAUGUUUUAGUCUGGGUGGCAGCUAUCAAUCAACCAGAGGUCAGAGGCUGUGAUCGUCUCAGGGGUUAAAGCUAUCGUUUGAUCAGAGCUGACAUCAUUGUUACCAUGGAAACCUGCUAGGAACACAUUGCCCUGCAGUGCCUGCCCCCUUUAGGUUCUUGCGCUCAGUGGGAAAAUCCACAGAGACAUGAUCAACUGAAACAUCCAGCAGAAAAAUAAACCAUUCAACACUUUCAGGGAAACAUUGGUGGGAUUAUUCAUGUGUGUUUUCAUCUGUAACAUCAGCUGAUUUGUCUCCAGCUGACACAGAAUCACAAUCAUUUGAUGUUUUUAUCUUCAUAUUGAAACCAGAGUUUUUAUUUUUUUUCUCUACUUGUUAUCCAUCAGACUUCAGUUUCUCAUUUUUAUUUUUUUUUUUUUCUGUAGUUGUCAGUUUUGUUUUUCUGACACUACAUUACCCAGAGUCCUUUUCCUCAGCAGGGCGGUGGUGCCUUCAAGGACCAACGUUGCUUCUGGUCCCAGUCAUAAAGUGUCCUGAUCUUUGUGUGUCAGAUUAAAGACAGAAAGUUUUACCAAUCAGAAUAUUUUUCUUUAAACUAAUAGAUGAAUAAAUCAGUGUUGUAGAAAGAUAAUGUCCUGAUCAGAGGUCUGAUCGGUCAGAUGUUACUGAUUAUUUUUUCUGUUUAAAACAGACAUUUAUGAUGAUGUUCGGAUUACAGGACAGUUUUAUCAUUCACUACAUCAUCCCAGCAAAAUGAAGUGACAGGUAUGUGCAUUAGAUCUCAGAGAGGAGUCACACAGCUGUUUACCUGUGAUUCACCUGGAGAUUUCUCAGUUUGUUUCAUCCUCAAAGAUUUCUAAAUGUCUGAAUUUGCCUCUAAUUAUGUAAUUAUUUUAAUCUGUAUGUGAUCAAUUUAACUUUAAUCAAUAAAAACACAUUUAAACUAUAA